AUGGCUGAAAACGAAGAGCAACCGCUGACCACUCAUCCAAUCUACGCCGAACGGGACGAUGCAGAAACAGAGGUAAAUGAAAUGCCAGUCGACUUGAAUCAAGCGACAAACCUCCCAGAAGGCCCGAUCCAACUUCCUCAAAUCAAAGACGCUCUUGACGGGAAGGCCAAUUGGGUGGAAUGGGAACGCAAGGUGAAGUGUAUCCUGGCAAGCAAAUCUUUCCACGGUUUGAUCGACAAGAAAAUCCCACGCCCCCAGUACGCUCCAAGGGACGCAGCGGCCAAUAGAUGGCGAUUUUGCAGCAUGAAUGUUGCGACGUGGUUACUCAGGAGCAUCUCAGUCGCCCUGUAUGAUGAGAUACAGAUUCCACACUAUGAGCCGACAUUUGCAGACGACCUGUGGAAUGCUUUGAAAACCACGUGCCAGCCUCGCCAUGUCUAUUACGACCUCAAAACAUGGAAGGCAUUUACAGCUAUCGGCACAUCGGAUUACAACAGUCUUGAAGCCUACACCGCGGCCUAUUUGGAGGUCUAUUUUGAGGUGCGGGAGGCAGGUUUCAGACCCAACCCAUAUGCCUUGAUCCUGGAUUUCUGGCAGAGAUCCAGGUAUUCAACCCGCCCUUGGCAGAGAAGAUAG